AUGCACCUAGGGGAGGUGGUGGUUUUGGUGGUGGACUACAGGUGCACCAGCACCUGUAGGGAUCGGGAACCAGUGUGUCCAGUGCGCGGGCUUGCUAUAGGCGAGCCCACAACGGUUUGGCGUAAUGUGGCCCAUCCUGCUCUCCUGAAUCAGCACCGGGACCUGUCCUGGAUGGUCGCCCAUGAGAUCCUCCCGGUCAGGGCCGUCAUGCACUCCCGGGGCAUGGCGAGGACAUCCGCGUGCCCCCGACCAGGCUGUGGCCAAGAGGAGUCGGUGAGGCACUUGCUCUGGGAGUGCAGAGCCGCCAGGGACCUGUGGAAGGAAGUAGGCCCCCUGAUCUCCCCGUGUCUGCCAGCAGGGGAGGACCUAACGCCCCAGCUCGUGCUGUAUGGGGUGGGCCGAAGGCCUAUUCCACCAAAGGCCUUCACCAAGCUCUGGCCCACCCUCACGUGUCUGAAGGCAGCACUGUGGUCCUCCCGCAAUCUGCUGGUAGCGAAACAGGUCAACACCACCCCCCAGGCAGUGGCCAUGGUAGCCACAGAAGCCCUGGGGUGGUACAGAAGGAAGGGGGCCUCGACCCCAGGCGAAGGGUCCCCCACAACACCCAAGGUCCCUGCGGCCACGGCCUGACAGCGCUGCGGCGCCUAGGGCGAUGCACCUAGGGGAGGUAUCUCCUCUGGGCCCCGAAGGACGGGACGGUGAUCGAUUCGGAAGAGCAGGAGGAGGCAAGUUUGAUAAGGACUCACCCCGCUCCUGUACAAGGGACCGAAGACAGCCUUUUAACAAGUGACUUUUUAAAUACAUUUUUUAUGUCUUAAAAAUGUUUUCCUUUUUAAAUCAUUUGUACACAUUUUAAAUGGCUUU